UCCUUUUUUUUAAUAGGUCAAGAUGCUGAAUUAUCAGGGACACUUUCGCUUGUUUUGACACAGUGCUGCAAAAGAAUAAAGGACACUGUUCAAAAGUUGGCCUCUGAUCACAAAGACAUCCAUAGCAGUGUUUCUCGAGUUGGAAAAGCCAUUGAUAAGAAUUUUGAUUCUGAUAUUAGCAGUGUGGGAAUAGAUGGCUGCUGGCAGGCAGACAGCCAACGGCUUCUCAAUGAGGUGAUGGUGGAACACUUCUUCCGACAAGGCAUGCUGGAUGUAGCUGAAGAGCUCUGCCAGGAAUCUGGACUGUCUGUGGACCCAAGUCAGAAAGAGCCAUUCGUGGAAUUGAAUCGAAUAUUAGAAGCAUUAAAAGUCAGAGUACUGAGACCUGCUCUUGAGUGGGCAGUGUCAAACCGAGAAAUGCUCAUAGCCCAGAACAGCUCCUUGGAGUUUAAGCUGCACCGGCUGUACUUCAUUAGCUUGUUAAUGGGUGGAACUACAAACCAGCGGGAAGCCUUACAGUAUGCGAAAAAUUUCCAGCCAUUUGCCCUAAAUCAUCAAAAAGACAUUCAGGUGUUGAUGGGAAGCCUCGUGUACCUGAGACAAGGGAUUGAGAACUCACCGUAUGUUCACCUGCUUGAUGCAAACCAGUGGGCUGACAUCUGUGACAUCUUUACACGGGAUGCUUGUGCCCUCCUGGGGCUCUCUGUGGAGUCUCCUCUCAGUGUCAGUUUCUCGGCAGGUUGUGUGGCACUGCCAGCACUAAUCAACAUCAAAGCUGUUAUUGAACAGAGGCAGUGUACUGGAGUCUGGAACCAGAAAGACGAAUUACCUAUUGAAGUGGACCUUGGUAAGAAGUGCUGGUAUCACUCCAUAUUUGCCUGCCCCAUUCUUCGUCAGCAAACAACAGAUAACAAUCCACCCAUGAAAUUGGUUUGUGGUCAUAUUAUAUCAAGAGAUGCCCUGAAUAAAAUGUUUAAUGGUAGCAAAUUAAAAUGUCCAUAUUGCCCAAUGGAACAAAGUCCAGGAGAUGCCAAACAGAUAUUUUUCUGAAGAAAUGAGUUUGUUUGCAAUUUGUAAGUGAAACUGAAUUAUGGGUACAUUCGAGACAAGAGCGAUCCAUUGACUGCAGCUAUCCAAGGACUGCCGGGUUAAUAAGCUGUGCACCAGAAGCUGCUGACACGCGAGUGUGCACAAGGGGAGUGCUCCAGAUGGGUGUUACAUAGGGCUUUUUUCACUCUUGGUCUUCGUUUCUGAUCAAGUAAAUACACCAGCAGUUGUCAUUCAGUGCAGGUUUUUGUACUUACUAUAUGGCGAUUUUUUUACUUAAAAGCAGAAACAGAAGUUGACCUUCCUGGCAUAUGUUUGAUAUUCCUCCUGCUUUUACUUCUGUCAUUUUCUCGAUAAUUGUAAGCUUGAGCGUGUUUGUGGAAGAACUUUCUUUCUUGUUAUGUAUACAUAAUUAAAUGAAAAUUCUUCAUAGUAGUUUGACAGAUUGAAUUGUGGUUAUACAACGAAUUUGCUUUUUUGUUUGGUUUUGUUUUUCUUUUUGGCUUAAGAAAGCUGUGAUAAAUUCCAAAUUUAUGUUGCUUUUUGAUGUUUUACUCUGCUCCAGCUCUUGCUUCAAAGUCAGCCCGCCUGCAUUUGAGUUGUCCAUAGCCCCAGCAGGCUUCCUGUUUAAAAUCCCAUCAUGAAUUUAGCAGGCUGAUGUGAGAAUGAAAGAAAUAUUACUGGUUCUUUGCUUUUAUUACCAAGAGGUGCUUUUUAAAAAGUGUAUUUAAUAAAUGGAAUUCUGAAGUUAGGGUGUUACUAAGUUGAUGUGUGCUCUCUCGGUCUGAGCACCCUGCCCUUUGAAAUCUGCCUUCAAGACUUGGCUGGGUAUCACAUUAGUUUGUCAUCAUAGACACACGGUGUUGUGCAUGUGUAUAUAAAUACGCACACCAGCAUCAAACAUUGUGUAUGUGGAAGGGAAGAAGCAUGUUCCAGUUCUAAAUGCAGUUGCCAGACUCAUCACUUCAGGUCCUUAAGGAUAGACGCUAGUAACUUUGUGUACUGUGGACCACGUUUACUGCUGUUUUGUGUUGAGUUAGUAUAUUGUUCAUGCCUCUCUUCUGCAGUGUGUCUUAUUGAGUUGACUGUGAACCUGUACAUUAAUCAGAUGGCUACAGAUAAUGAUCUUUUCUUUUGUGAGGUAUCUUCAUUUAAUGCACUGCCCAGAAAGAGCCGUGUGUAGGAGUUAUUCUCUGAAUGAGGAACUGCAUGGAAAGGACUUCUGUGGACAUAAUUCUGACUUAAACCCAUGAAAUACUUCACAUCGAGAAGAGUGCUGUGUGGAAAUCACCAAAUAGUUCACAACUUUAUUUCAUCUGACAUAGAUCUGAAUAUCAACAUAGGAAUAUCCUCACGAGAAAAUGAAAAACGUAAACACAGAAGCAGAGAGAAAUGUGACUCUUCCGGUUUUAAACUACAGAUGGACUUGGUUUAAGGGGAUGGGGAUAACAGCUUUGGUGCUAAGUUCAUUAGAAAUUGACAGUGUUCACAGUGGUAUACUAGCCUGCAUGGUCAUUUCUGAAAUGUUUACCUGGGAGAGCUGGCAUUUGCCUGUGAAGGGAAAGAAUAAUACUGCAGGAAAGCCCUGUGCCAUGAUCAGGUGGUCAGUUUCACGUUGAUGGCUACCAUUUGCCAUGUAGGUUAGCCGGGAUCAUGAUUGGCCCAGCUCAGAGUGCAUGCUUUGUUCAAACUCAGCCUGGCUCACGAUGACUUGUGCUUCAGUGUUGGGAUGCUCUGUGAGGUCCCCCGUGCCCCAUGAAGCAGUGAAAGAGAGCAGAGAUAGAUGCCUCUGAACUGUAGGAGAAAGGCAUAGUGCCAGGCAGUAUCCUGUUGGAGUAAACUUGUUUACUAUAGAUAAUCUUUCCUUUGAAUUAAAUUCUAGAGUGUCAGGCUUUUUUUUUUUUUUUUUAAACAACUUUGAUAUUCCUAAACCAAAUUUAGUUUUUAGGGUUUUUUUUCCGCAUAACUUAUUCUUACCUUCCAACUUCAAACAUCUACAUGACAUUUAGACUUAGCAUAAAAAUUUGUGUGAUACAGACAUGUUCUUGAGGCUGGUGGCAAAUUUUUUUGGAAACAAGACACUUCACACAGUGGGCUCAGGCCAUCUUAAGGACAAAGGCUCUGCCUGGUCCUCCUGGUGCUGGGAGUCACAUUGGCAGUUUCUUGUGAAGCUCAUGAAACUUUAAAAAGAAUGAGUUUUAACAAGUAUUUGGCCUUACAGCUUCCUCUGUAAAGUAAGGUCUUAUAGUCCCACUGGACAGGGAGGGCAAGAGCCAAAACCAGAAACUUGAUCUGACAAUUUAUCGUGGAAAUUAGGUCUUAAGGUUUUCUUUAACUGUGUGGACUUUAAUCUGUGAGAGACUGACUGCAGCAGAGGUGGAUUUGAAGAAGCCAGAUCUUGACCAAAGAUGCUGAAGUACAACAUUAGGACCUUUGUACUCUAGAACCUUCUUCACAUGGUAGCAUGCAGGAGGAUGCCAUCUGUUUCUUUCAGCCUCUUGUUAGAGAAGGUAAUGCUGGAGGCAAGGGUUGCCAGUCACAUGGAUAACAGGCAUUGGAAACAGCCACAGAAUGGCUUCUUUGAGAGCCAUUUGCUUUCCCGGUAGUGGACAAAGGCUGCCAUGGGACUCUGCUAAACCAAUAUAACCUUAUUAGCAAACCUUUAGAUUCUGGUGUAGCCAGAGCCUCUCCACAGUGGCUAAGGUUGUCGUUAAUCUUUUUCUCCUUUGUGUGAUCAUCGCAGAUGCCAUUUCUGUUUUAUUGAUGAUUAUAUGAUUAGACUUUUAAUACAUAAAUGAACGGGUAUUGGUGCCUCUUUUAUUUUUAAAAAAAAAAUUGAAGAAAAGAGCCACCUCAUAUUCAUAGAGUAUGUAUUUUGUGAGUAUGUGAGCUUUUAAUUGAAAAUAAGAAAGUUAGGAAGUAAAUUUUUCGUUGUACUUUUUCCAUAGCAGCUAAUGUGUAGGGAGACAUUAAACCCACACCAAAUCAUGUGGGGAUGAGGAUCGCCCCCCCCCCCCAAUCAUCCUCUCCAGGUAGCCAGUCCCAUAGGCUGUGCAGUUCAGACUCCCAUGUUUCCACCUUGGUGGUGUCAGCCUUUGGGACAGUGCAUAUCAAAAGCCAAGAACUCUUGGUUUGUCUGCACAAUUCAAGCUGCUGGUAGACUACACAAGCCCUCUGGUUUCCCAGCUCAACCUCUCAUAAAGUAGACUGUCAGCCAUGCUGUCAGUCUGUUUUAGUCAGCUGACUCAGGUUAUCUUCAGGGAAAGUGUGGAGACAUGGAUUGUUCAGAUCAUCUCUAGGAUAUGUAUGGUGAAGACAAACCAAAUACUUUUCACCAUUGAACUGUCUGUACAUUAUUUUGGUAAAAAUAGAAUACUGUGGUCCUGGGGAACACACAGAGGGAACAUGUAGCAAGGACCACAUACAAAGCUCGAUGUUUCAUAACCCUGCAGCUGACGGGUUGUAUGUGGUACUGUAGUGUUCACCAUAAGCAGGUACAAGCUUCAUGAACUUUUCAUACUGAACUAUAAUUGAGUAGAUACCAAAAAACAGAGUGGCAAAUGUAUUUUAGUAGCAGAUGAGGCAGUUAGUUUUAGGGUGAAUUUUCCACUGUUGAUUUUACUUCAAGAUGUAGCAAGAGAAAUUUUUUUAAGGUGUUUUUAAGCUGUAGCAGGCAUAUGCUUCAUUUACUUCCAAAGAGGCAAAAAGCAACUAGACUCGCUUGUACUCGUGCUUCGUUCCAUGGUGUGGGGGGAUACCUACACUGUUCUUAGUAGCAGUCUGAAGCUACUCACAGCCAGGCAGGUGAGGGGUUCUGUAGGAUUUAGUGCCUGAACAUUUCUUCUGGGAAGGGGCUGGAGUGAAUGUACUGGGGUGGCAGGAAGGAAACAGGAGUGUGAGUGGGUGUGCAUGUGUGGAAAUUCACCAUCACCCCCGCAGCUAGCAGGCAACCGCUGUCGGCCCCGUCACUCAUGACUGCAGCGUGCAUGUAUUUCUUCACCAUGUUUUCUAACUACACUAAGAAUUCAUCAGCUCAUCUCUUGCUCAGAUGGCUCAGGAUUCUAUUCUUUGGCUUACCCCAUGCUCCUGGGUUCUAUAGUGUUUAUAUAAUUAUGAAUAGUGUUGCACUGUAAUCUAUCAUAUAGAGCUAUAUGUAUGGAAAUUUUUGAUCAGUUUUUUUAAGAGAUGUAUCCUGUUUGCAAAGGCACAAUAAAAUUGCAUCUUCUAGAUUAUAGGCAAUAAAGGUAACAAUAAACCUUACUUAAAUCAUACUGA